UGCUGCAAAUAUGUCAUUUAGUUCAAAUGCCAACGUUUUAUUUUUAUGUAUCGUUGUGUCGUCAGCUCUUUUCUAUUAUCUUGGGCUAUCAUUAUUUUCAUCCACCAUAGCUAAAGUCAGUCAUUCCCAUUUAAAAAAUGAAAUACCAAACCACAAUAUAAGUUUUAAUAAAAAUGAAAUCAAAAGUACACAUAGAUCUGAGACAAUAUCAGAAAUUGCUGUUGCGGUUGUUGCCUGUGGAGACCGUUUGGAUGAGACUCUGACCAUGCUCAAGUCUGCCCUCAUAUUUACUGAAUGGUGGCAGCCACUGAGAUUUAUUAUAUUUUCUGAUGAAAAUUUAACUUCAAGUUUCAAAGAAAAGCUUACUGAAUGGAAAUCACUGACAAAUAAUUCAUUGGAAUUUGAACUGCAUCCAAUUACAUUUCCACAAAAAGGCAAGGCUGAAGAAUGGAGGAAACUGUUCAAGCCGUGUGCUUCACAACGACUCUUUUUGCCUGGAAUUUUGAGCAAAACAGACUCUAUUUUAUAUGUUGAUACUGAUACAUUAUUCCUAUCUCCUCUUAAAAAUAUAUGGAAUCACUUUAGCGCAAUGAACACAUCUCAGAUGGCAGCCCUUGCAUUUGAACAUGAAGACCCUAACACAGGGUGGUACAACAGAUUUGCCCACCAUCCAUUUUAUGGGCCAUAUGGCGUCAAUUCUGGUGUCAUGCUUAUGAAUCUCACAAGGAUGCGUGAAUUUCAUUGGGAGGAUUAUGUCAUUCCAGUUUACAAAGAAUUUAAGCUAAAAAUUACCUGGGGUGACCAGGAUAUAAUCAACAUAAUUUUCCACUACUACCCUCAUAAGCUGUACAUUUACCCUUGCAGAUUUAAUUAUAGAUCUGAUCAUUGUAUGUAUAUGAGUGUAUGUUCAAGUGCAGAAAAAGAAGGUGUCGCUGUUCUGCAUGGUUCCCGUGGAACAUUUCAUUCAGAAAAGCAGCCUGCAUUUAGGGCUGUAUACCGUGCUUUUGAAGAGUAUCAAUUAGGCACAGACCUGAUCCAGCAUCUGUUAAAGCCCAUCAAAGCAUAUUUAGAAGAAACAGUACAUACACACUGUGGACAGAUCCAUUCCAUUUUUACCAAAGCUAUGGACAAAUACCUUCCUCAAAUUACUUCAUGAACUAAACAUGGAAACACUUCAAAUGGCUGUGUGCCAUUCUUAGAUGAACCAUCUGCUCGCUUAUUAUGAUAUGUUGGAGUGUGAUCAAUUCUUUUUCCUCUGAAGUUGAUUGCAAAUGGAAGCAAGGAUGGCUGUCUCAAGUGAAUUCCACGGGCAUAUGGAGUCCACACUUUAAAACACAUUUCCAUAUAUUCAGCUGCAGAGAUGGAAACCCAACCUGUAGAUAAUUAAAACAGAAAAUGUAUUAUAUUUUUACAUUAAAACUUCUAUAUUACCGUA